AACUAUUUACAUUAACAAAUUAAAGUUUUUAACACUUUCAAAUUAUUAAUAAUACAGUAAUAAAUAUAAUGGUUUAAUUAUACUAUGAAUCGCAGGUGAGCGCAGACGAUAUAGAUAUUAACAAGUUGGUGAUGAUUAGCCUGACUCAACGUUGCAGUUUCAUUGCACGAACAGCUUGGUCGAGUAUGAGCAAGCACCCUGUCUGCACCUCCAGCUAUGCUAUGGUGAAAGCCCUUGAGGAGUUGGAGAAGAACCCGUACUUUGAUAAAUAUGCUGCAAAAAUUGCUAAAUUUCAAAAAGAAUCUCCUGAAGAAUUCCUCUCCAAGUUUGCUAAGAGCAAAGAUGUGAAGGAGAGCCAGUCUGGUGGGCAGGGAUUCACACAGAAAGCUAAGAAAUCCAAGGAAUCUCUUCCAAAAGGCUCUUAUGCUUUUGCUCCACAAAAGAAACUUGAGAGUAUAUUGAAGAUGGAUCUUCUGAAAGGCAAGACCAAUGAGGAAGUCAAAUAUUUUUUAUUCCCUCUGCCAAGGAAUGAAGGUUAUGAAUUUAUUGUUGCACAGUUUGCUGGUCAUGAGGUUCACUUUACUCCACUUAUAAAUUACCAGGCAUAUAAAGAAGAUGCCCCAGAAUGCCUUUCACUGGUACACUACCCUGACCUGAGAGAAGAAAGAGGCAUUAUCUUCAUGCAUGGUGAAUAUGACAAGAAUAUAAUUAAUGCCUUUGAAGCCCAGUUUCUGGUCAACCAGCUUCAACUCUAUUAUGGCGGAAGUGACAAGGCCAAGACAAAACUUUUGGAAAAGUUCCAUCAUGCCCCAGAUCAAUUCAAGCACAUGGAACUUAUUGAUCAGCUGGAGAGACUAGAUCUGAGUAUGCUCUCUCUUAAAGAUAAGUAGAACAUCACAUAAAGCAAACACAACAUAUUGUAGGAUAGACUUCAUUAAUUGCAAACGUUUAAUUUCCACAAAAGAAUAGUGUUUUGCAUACUGUACCUAUUUUAUAUUUCUUGUACAUACGCUAUUAAAAUAUGUAUUAGUACUAAUAUGCUCAUGUUAUACAGUGAUGGGAUUCUAUACAUCUUUUAUGGUGAUAAUAUGCUGUACAUUAAAUGUUUUUUCUUA